AUGGGCCGUGAACACGAGUUGGAAGGACAAGUCAUCGCCGUGACAGGCGGCGCAAGUGGUAUUGGACUCUCGGUCGUGGAAAUCUUGCUAUCCCGAGGCGCCAGUGUCGCUAUUGGAGACAUUGAUGAUGCAGCCAUUGCACGAGCGCAAGCGUCGUUCCAGCAGCCAUCAUCAUCAGCAUCGCCGAACCGAGGUGGCAAGUGUCUCAUCACAAAAGUCAAUGUCUCCAAGCGAGCCGAGGUGGAUUCGUGGAUUGCGUCUAUUGUGAGCAAAUUUGGGAAACUUACGGGGGCUGCGAAUUGUGCGGGAGUCAUUGGACGUCAUCAUGGGACGAGGCAUGUCGAGAACCUGGACGACGAUCAAUGGGAUUUGAUCAUGAGCGUGAAUUUGACCGGCAUGAUGUACUGUAUGCGAGCGGAACUGCGCCACAUGGAUAAAACGUCUCCAGGCAGUAUUGUCUGCGUUUCAUCGGUACAAGGUACUUUCGGGUUUGCAGGUCACGCAGCAUAUUCUGCAAGCAAACACGGCGUUCUGGGCUUGGUCAAGAGUGCUGCGAAGGAAGUCGGCAGUCGCAACAUUCGAGUGAACGCGGUUACACCCGGAUCGAUCGACACGCCCCUAAUGGACAAGCGGAAUGCACUGGAAGGCGUCGAUCCGAACGACAUGCAUCCGACCCCGAUCAACAGACUUGCGCGGGCUGACGAGGUGGGCAAGCUCAUUGUGUGGUUACUGAGCGACGAAGCAUCCUUUGUCACAGGCGCAACGUAUGCUGUCGAUGGAGGCUGGGCCUGCUAG